AUGAAGAAUAACAUUGUGCAUCCCGACAUCCUGAACACUACCAUUUAUUUAGAGGUCAGUAAAGUGAGUGCAUAUCUAUCUAUCUAUCUAUCUAUCUAUCUAUCUAUCUAUCUAUCUAUCUAUCUCCAGUCUGUUCAUAUCUAUCUAUCUAUCUAUCUAUCUAUCUAUCUAUCAUCCUCUAUCUCAGUCACUUCAUAUCUAUCUAUCUAUCUAUCUAUCUAUCUAUCUAUCUAUCUAUCUAUCUAUCUCUGUACGUUAAUCUAUCUAUCUAUCUAUCUAUCUAUCUAUCUAUCUCAUCUAUAUCUAUCUAUCUAUCUCAGUCACUUCAUAUCUAUGUAUCUAUCUAUCCAUCUCUGUACGUUCAUCUAUCUAUCUAUCUAUCUAUCUAUCUAUCUAUCUAUCUAUCUAUCUAUCUUAAUGUAUAUUCAUUUUUGGCAAUACAAUUAUAUAUUUUUUUAUAACUGGAAUACCGAUAUUUUAUCACUGACCUAUUCUUCUUCUUAG